CCCGCCCCGCGGCCAAGACGCGCUCGCUGCGUCAUCAGUGUUUUCGAGUAGAGUCGAACACUGCGGCUGUCAGCUCCAUUUUGUUGUGGGAGCCCGCCGCAGCCAGCUGGUUUCCUGACGUUGCUUUCCGAGCUUUGUCUCUGCCGCUUUGGAAUCUCUAGCCGGGACGAUGAGACACUCAAAAAGAACUUGUUGUCCUGAUUGGGAUGAAAAAGAAUGGGACUGUGGAAAGUGGAGGAGCAGCAGCUGCCAUAAAAGAAAGAGGAGAUCACAUAGCAGUGCCCAGGAGAACAAGCGCUGCAAAUACGAUCACUCUAAAACUUCUGAUAGCCAUUAUUUAGAAAGCAGAUCGAUAAACGAGAAAGAGUAUCAUAGUCGUCGUUAUGUUGAUGAAUACAGAAAUGACUACAGUCAAGGAUAUGAGCCUGGACGUCACCAUAGAGACCAUGAAAGCAGAUAUCAAAAUCAUAGUAGCAAGUCCUCUGGUAGAAGUGGAAGAAGUAGUUAUAAAAGCAAACACAGGAUUCACCACAGUACUUCACACCAUCAUUCACAUGGGAAGAGUCACCGAAGGAAAAGAACCAGGAGUGUAGAGGAUGAUGAGGAGGGUCACCUGAUCUGUCAGAGUGGAGACGUACUAAGUGCAAGAUAUGAAAUUGUUGAUACUUUAGGUGAAGGAGCUUUUGGAAAAGUCGUGGAGUGCAUCGAUCAUAAAGCGGGAGGUAGACAUGUAGCAGUAAAAAUAGUUAAAAAUGUGGAUAGAUAUUGUGAAGCUGCUCGCUCAGAAAUACAAGUUCUGGAACACUUAAAUACAACAGACCCCAACAGUACAUUCCGCUGUGUCCAGAUGUUGGAGUGGUUUGAACAUCAUGGUCACAUUUGCAUUGUAUUUGAACUUUUGGGACUUAGUACUUACGACUUCAUAAAAGAAAAUGGUUUUCUGCCAUUUCGACUGGAUCAUAUCAGGAAGAUGGCAUAUCAGAUAUGCAAGUCUGUGAAUUUUCUGCACAGUAAUAAAUUGACUCAUACAGACUUAAAACCUGAAAACAUCUUAUUUGUGACAUCUGACUACACAGAGGCAUAUAAUCCAAAAAUGAAACGUGAUGAACGUACUUUGAUAAAUCCAGAUAUUAAAGUUGUAGACUUUGGAAGUGCAACAUACGAUGAUGAACAUCACAGUACGUUAGUAUCUACAAGGCAUUAUAGGGCACCUGAAGUUAUUUUAGCCCUAGGAUGGUCCCAGCCAUGUGAUGUCUGGAGUAUAGGCUGUAUUCUUAUUGAAUACUACCUUGGAUUUACUGUAUUUCCAACUCAUGAUAGUAAGGAGCACUUGGCGAUGAUGGAAAGGAUUCUUGGACCUCUACCAAAACACAUGAUACAAAGAACCAGGAAACGUAAAUAUUUCCAUCAUGAUCGAUUAGACUGGGAUGAACAUAGUUCUGCCGGGAGAUAUGUCUCAAGACGCUGUAAACCUUUAAAGGAAUUUAUGCUUUCUCAGGAUGCUGAACAUGAGCUUCUCUUUGACCUCAUCCAGAAGAUGUUGGAGUACGAUCCGACUAAAAGGAUUACUCUGAAAGAAGCAUUAAAACAUCCUUUUUUUAACCCCCUUAAAAAAGUACUGUAGAUCUAUAAUUGUACAGCUCUUUAAAGAGAUCUUAUAGACUGUAUCAGUCUGAUUUUUAAAUACUAAGUUAUUUUGUACAGCUUUUGUGAAUCUUACAUUUUUGUAUCUACCAUGUUUAUUUUGUUUUAGUAAUUUGAAUUAACUGUAUAGCUAAGUAAAUCUCUUUUUCAUUAAUUAUUGUAUAAAAUGAUUUAUCCAGAAUAAAUUUUUUGUGCUUA